CCCCUCGCCGAGACUCAACUGCCUCCACCCGUUACUUCGAGACAUGAACAUAGUUCGCCGGCUGUGACGUGGUACAGGACUAUUGUCCUCACUUCCACCAUUUGCUUCGGGACUUGGAAGAUGGUGGCGACCAUUCAGAAUGCAGCCGCCGCAUCGAUCGCUUUGGACUACUUAACAGGCGUAGUAUUGGCAGCUGCCUUGUAUGUACUAGGAGAGUGCAAAAAUCUACCGUCCCUCCGCUGGCUAUUUUGCCAUAACGUCAUCUCGGACGUGCGAUGCCUUCCAAUUUACGGGGUCAGAGCCGUAGUGACCAGUGAGUAUACAUCACUUCUGCUCCAUAGAUCUCCCCCAGUGACAACUCCACGCUCAGCGCGGCGGGUUUUUAAUCGUAGGCUCAGGCCUUCCGCAGCCGGAAUACUCGUCACGGUAUUGCACACGCGUUGCGAAGGGCGUGAAAUGGCGUUCAGUGAAGCUGGAACAACGAGUGGUUUGUCGAUACUCACUCUGGAACCAUUUCCAGAGCUACCAGCUGAGAUUGUCAACAUGAUAAUUCGCAUCGCCAUUGAGACAUUUGUUGAGGAGUACGUAGAGCAGUCUCUGGCUGCGCCCCUCUACUCCGAAGAUGGCUGGGAUGAAAUUUCGUUCAAACAGCAGAAUCCAGUAGUGCCUCUUCUGGAGGUCAACUACUGGGUCAGAGAAGCGACACUGUCAUUCACCGCAAUUGUACUAUCCAUACCCGCUGUUCAUAAUUCCCACCUCAGCAGCCUGUCUGUACGUCCAUGGACCAGGAUCGAACAGAUCCGCUCACUGGGUCGCACUACUGUUGAAUCGGGCACAUGGCGGGAGGCGCUAGACGAGCUUGCGCCGUCCCCACUUGCCCACGCUUACGCUGCCUUGUACAUAGCGCAGCGCAAAGCCGACUUGGCGAUCUGUCUCUGUAAGGAACUUGUAGAGCUGGAAGACGACAUGGAAUGUGCUCUCUUGGUUCCUUCAGGGGAAGUGGUCGCGGAAUGUCCGAUGCUGCGUUUUUGUCAGACGUCACGUUUCUGUCAGGACCACAUAGACGAGGUGAACUUUCUCGUCGACGUCGCCAAGCAAGCCUCGCUGCAGUUUCCCAGUAUGAAGCUACUUUCAGUGCUCUGCGAACUUGACAUUGUUCCGGGGAGCAUUUCUGCAAGAGCUCGUACAGCGUCUCUUUCGCUUCACACUUCCGACUCGCAGAAAGCGGUCGUACUGGAUCACCUCAUAUUGCACAUCAGAGGUAGCAGAGGGGACGAGGACAUCCUGCUUCGAUCAUUAACGGCGUUACGGGCUUUCAUGACAGAGAUAGGAAAGUCUGUUAUCUCUGGCUUGGAUACCAUCACUUCUACAUCUCCAUGGCACUAUCUGGACGGCAACAUUCGCGACAAGCUUCGCCAGUCUUUGUUGAAUUUCAUGGAAUACAAGCUGCCCGACAUCGAUGAUCUAUCUGUGCUCGAGCUACACUCAGCAGCAAUAACCGGAGCAAGCGAUUUACUUGAAUCAUUUCAUCCGUACACCUGGGACUAAGAGAGCUGGAGAGUGUAGCAGAGAAAUUCUGGUGAAGUUGUUCGGUCAGUAGCAGUGAACUUGGUCCCUUGUCCAAGGAAACGUGACCAAGUUUGUGGCCUGUCUGAUCCUUUCUAUCAUAUUGAGCUUGAGGGGUAGGUCAAAUUGAUCUUUCUCUUGAGCUCCUGUUCCUGAAUAGGAUACAACGAAUGAUCGUAAAAUAUGUUCUUAGUACCAACAGUCUCUAUUGGCGAUCAGCGCGAGACAUUGCAAUCUCUUGUUAUACUUGCUAUCCUUGAGUUACACGUCACUUCGAAGUUGUACGACAUGACCGCUAAAUAAAUAGCAUGACCUGGUAUAUAUCC